AUGUCUCGCGAAGAUUUAAUUGAAUGGGUUCAAAGUAGAGGUCGGGAUCUCGGAUAUGUUAUUGUGAUUAAAAGAUCCCGGAAUAAAAGUCCUACAGUUAUAUUUCAGUGUGACCGUGGUGGUACUUACGUGCCAAAAAAAAUCUCAUCUAAAAACACGGGUACAAGAAAAAUUGAUUGUCCAUUCCAAUUGGAGGGGAAAUACAUACGUGUUGAUGGUUGCUGGAGGGUUAGGGUAAUAUGUGGAGUACAUAACCAUGAUCCUGCAUUGCACCUUGAAGGUCACCCGUAUGCAAGGCGAUUAUCAGGAAAUGAAGUCGAAUUGGUGGAAAAGGCGAUCUAUAGAAGUAUUUUGAGAAAGUGCAGGGCAUCGAUCCCCUCAAACCAUCAUUGGGAUUUAUUCUACAAAUCAUGGAACGCAUUAGUUGAGUCUCAGACUCAUGAAUCAUAUAUGUUCCAUUUAGCUCAAAUACAAGCAGUUUUGGUUGACUUUCCAGGUGUUUUUGGUUAUAUUGAUGAUAAUUGGCUGCAACCGUAUAAAGAAAUGUUUGUAUCUGUUUGGACUGAUCGAUAUCUCAAUUUUGGAAAUCACACCACGAACAGAGUUGAGAGUCAGCAUGCCAAGUUAAAAAAAUACUUGGAGUCAUCGCAGUCAGAUUUGGAGACAUCAUUGGUUUAUAUCGACAGAGUCAUUCAGUCACAGGACACAUCCAUCAAAGCAAGUCUUGAACAAAGCAAAAUUUUGAUUCGACAUCGGUUCAACACGUCACAUUUUCAAGAAUUGCGAGGAUUUGUGUCUAUUCAUGCACUGAAUCUCAUUUUUAAUGAGUUUGAGAGGUCACGGGCUGGCGGGAUUACUUAUGAAAAUUGUGGAUGUCGAUUGCGAACAAGUUGCGGGCUUCCAUGUGCACACGAGCAGGUAACAUAUUUUAACUGUGGUAAGCCUAUCCCACUUGAUUCGAUUGAUAUCUUUUGGAGGAAGCUCGACUUAUCAUCUUCCAUCUCUCUAACCAAUGAAGAUUUUGGUGUUGAGCAUGAGCUUCAUAUGUUUAAGGAUCAGUUCAAGAAACAAUCAAGAACUGGUAAAUUCAACAUAUUGAGAAAGUUGAGGGAGUUGAUCGCGCCAUCUACAACUUCGAUCCGUGAGCCACCCGUGCAAAUAAAUGUUCGUGGGCGUCCCACUUCAAAAAACAAAUCUCUCAUAAGAACUCUAUCUCUCAGAAAAACUAAAGCCGAGCCAAAUAAUAUUCAAUUUCAAGAACAAGCUCGGAAUAGUUGUUCAGCUGCACCAACUUCAGGUGAUAGACACUUUUACCAUCCUUAUAUGCUUCAACUUCCGGUUAUAUUCCAUCCUUUUAUCAUGCAAGUGCAAGAUGUGAAAUCUGACGGAAACUGUGGAUUUCGAGCCGUAGCUCUCUGUCUCGGUUUUAAGGAGGACGAAUGGUUCAAAAUUCGAUCCAAUUUAAUCGAAGAACUAGAGUCUCACACAAUGGAAUAUACCGAUAUGUUUGGAACUCAAGGAUGGUAUAAUGCCUAUAACAUGUUGAAUUUUUUUGCACAAGAUCGGUGUGCACCAGUUGAGCACUGGAUGACUAUGCCGGAGAUGGGUGUACUAAUUGCUUCCCGAUACAAUGUGAUACUACAUGUUUUGAGUAUGGCCGGCAGUACAACAUAUUUACCACUUCGAUCUAGCCCACCACCUUGGUACGAGCAUGUAGCAAUAACCCUUGGUUAUAUUAAUAAUAACCAUUAUGUCAAGGUAACAUUGACAGGAGGGUACCCAAUGCCUACAAUUGCUCCACAAUGGGCUUAUUUUAGAUAUGAUUGUGCAAAUGCAUGGAUGACUCCAUAUAUGAAUAGGAUUGAAAGUUACAAUGAGCAUGUACGCUCUAAUUGUACUCGGGAAAAUGUUAUAUUAGAUUGA